CAGCUCGAAGAAGAAGAUGAAGAUGACAUGGAAGAAUCAGAGCAAGAAGAACCCUAAAAAGAGACCUAUUUCCCAAUUCGAAAACCUCCCUUUCGAUCCUACUGACGAUUCCAUUUUUCCUGAGGAAAAACUUCCUAAAAACGAAGAGAUUUCUAAUGUUAAUGGAGAUGAUGAUAACGAUACGAUCAAGCUUGUUGAGUCCUUUCAACAACAAGGAAAUAAGCUUGCUGAGGAAGGGAAAUAUCGUGAAGCACUUGGAAAGUGGGAAUCUGCUCUACUUUUGAUGCCAGAUCGUGCCAUUCUGCAUGAACAGAAGGCUCAAAUUUUGCUUGAACUUGGAGAAACAUGGAAGGCGCUACAAGCUGCUACUCGUGCAACUGAGUUGGAACCAAGCUGGGGUGAGGCGUGGGUCACCCUUGGUAGAGCACAGCUGAAUUAUGGUGAGCCUGACAGUGCUAUAGAAAGCUUAGACAGAGCACUAGCCAUCAAGCCAGACUCUGCUGAGGCUCGUAAUGAUCGACAAGCUGCCUUGCAUCAUAUUCAGAGGAGAAAACAGUUACAGACAUCAGGUUUGAGCAUGAACCAAAACCGUUUUGCUGUAGUGGACAAAACUGAGAGCACUUGAACGUUUGAAAACGUAGGGUUAAUCUCAUUACAUAUGAUGCUUUGAUCCGAUAAAAUCCUGAGGCUAGGGAAUACUUUCUGCCACAUUUGACUUCGAGUCAUGGUUUCAAAAUGCUGGUUCAGCUAUAGAAAGAGUUGUAGGUGCAAUAUCAGUGAGGAGAGAAAAUAGCCAGAAGGGUUGACAAUGAUAAAACAUGAUGCCUGGGCACUGAAAUGUCUACUUGUAUUAUAGAUGAUGCUCUAUGGCUCUAACAUAGAGUUACUUUAUAGCUAUGAUUGUUUGAUUAUUCUGAUUAGUAAUAUAUAUCUACACGUUCUGGUGUGCAAAUCAAGUGAAUGACGUUUUUUACCUUCAAAAA